UGUCAAAUAAAUUCGCAAACCAAUCUCGAAAUGUUGACGAAUCGCUGAAAGUUUGAAUCAGAAUUUGUUGUAAAAUUAUUGUUUUGGCAUGGGAUCGCAUUCGUCAUAAUAUUUCUAAGUGAUUAUCAUAAAUUGUACGCGCGAUACCAAUGUUAAGGAACACUAUAUCCUAGGGUCAGCAAAUGAGUUUACAUCAACAUGUAUUUUCCGAUUGGUUGGCCUAAAGUUCUAAAGAAUCUGGGUUCUGAUAAUCAAAUUAUAAAGCAAAUUGUCUCUAACGUCGACAAAAUAUUAUUUGCAUCUUUAAGUGACGAUUCUCUAAGUGUUUGGUACUGUAAGCCAACUGUGCCAAUUGUAUUCCACAAAAGAAAUGCGGACUCUCUUCAAAGAUUGGGUGUAAAUGUUGGGGUGGAAUGGAAGCCAGAUUCUUCCAUGAUAUGCAUCUCUACUUCGGAAGGUCAUCUAAUCCUAUACAAUGUGGAGUGCCUCAGCGAACAGGCUGCUUAUCAGCAGUACGACCCGCCCAACGCCAGCCUGCGACGGGACUCGGCCGAGUUGUUCGUCAAAGAGGUCAUACCGUCGUUAAAAAUUACUUUGUUCAAAGAAGUGUUAGUAUGGGACGGACAGAUCACUCGCAUGUGCUGUAUCUCAGGAUCAGAGAUCCUGGUGUGCACCACCCGAGCCCACCUGCUGAGGUACCGCUGGGACGGCUCGCAGAACAGGGACUACUGUCUGGACCUCGGCAGGAUACCCUUCUCUAUAAACCAGCAGGUCUCCAAAGCCGAGCCAAUUCUAGAAGACAACACUCACGUGAACGACAUUGAGUACUCCCCUUUAGUGUGUGGGUUCGGAAUCACGCUCAACGACGGCCGCGCCGCCUACCUCACCGCGCCCAAUCUCAAGUUUGACCCCAAUGCCGUUCAAGGUAUCUGGGCACAAGGCAUCGACGACGCCACUUGUACGAGAGUCAAUCAUAAGUUUAGACUUAUUGCCAUUGGCAGAAAGAAUUCUCAAAUUGACGUGUUCACGAUAGACGAAGCGACGGGGGGGUUAGAGCUCUCCCACACAAUGGUGCUGAGCUCCAAGGAUUUCCCGGGGGAUCCAGGCCCUGUAAAAUGUAUGAGGUGGUCGGCGGACGGGCGCGCGCUGGCGGCGAGCUGGGCGCGCGGCGGCGUGGCGGUGUGGAGCUCGUUCGGCGCGCUGCUGGCGUGCUCGCUGGCCUGGGACCACGGGCUCGGCCGCGAGCUGCGCGCGCGCACCCCGCUGCGCGUGCCCAGCCUGGAGUGGGCGACAGAAGGCUACCAACUGUGGAUGGUGAGGGCGGACGGGGAGACAUCGUCACAGCUGAUCCAACUGGACUUUGUCAAGAGUCCGCUUAGUGUUAAUCCUUGUAUGAGCAACCAAAGGCACCUCUAUCUACAAGCAGACGACAAAUUAUACGUGAACUUGGAAGAUAAUCUCACGAAACGGACAAAAAUCUCCAUAAUCGACGCCACGGCGGAUUCCUACCAAAUAGAAAACGGCGCGAUUGAAAAUAAUAAUUUAGAGUUCGACAGCGGCGCGAAGUACAGAGAGUUUAUUGAUGAUAACGAGUGUAGGAAGCAAUGGAUAGUGUUGCCGCUGCCGGCUACGUACAUAGCGACAAACUGGCCUUUAAGGUACAGUGCAAUAGACGAGGAGGGCCUGAACAUUUGCGUGGCGGGGCGCGCUGGUCUGGCGCAUUACAACUGUACCGCGAAGAGAUGGAAAUUGUUCGGGAACGAAGCGCAGGAGAAAGACUUCGUGGUCACCGGCGGCAUUCUGUGGUGGCGUGACUACAUUGUGCUAGGUUGCUACAGCAUCAUAGACCAGCACGACGAGAUCCGCUUCUACCCGCGCGACUCGAAAUUAGACAACAAAUUCGCUAAAAUAGUUCGCGUGCAAUCGCAAGUGUUCGUUCUAGACAUACUGGACGAUCAGCUCGUGGUGUUCGGCGCAGACGCACUGGUUACUAUAUACGAGCUGGGAUUGGACAAUGAUGGCAACAUCGACAUGCGUUGCGUACAAGCGGUGGAUAUCUCAGCGUUGUCACACCCCGCGUGCGUGGUGUCGGCCGCGCUAUGUCGGCUGGGUGACGUACACAUUAAUAAGAAUACUGCCCCGGUUUCGGCGGUGUUGCGACAACCGGACUCUUUGGUGAUCAACGCUAGCGGCAAGCUGAUGAUGGUGCAGCGAGAAGAAUAUGACACGGACGAGGACAAUAACCCUGCAUACAGCUGCUUGCCAGCCACUGUGUUAGCGUCUUGCGUGGAGAGCGUCUGGUCUUGCGGCAGUGGUUCCCCUUCUCAGACCCAGCUGUCCAGGGCAUUAUGGCUCUGGUGCGGUUCUCUAGGGGCCCGGGUGUGGUUACCGCUGCUGCCUCGGGACAAGACCAGACACCCAGACACUUCAAGGCACACCUUUAUGGCGAAGAGGAUCAUGCUGCCUUUCCAUCUCAAUAUAUACCCUCUUACUAUCCUGUUUGACGACGCGAUCUUACUGGGCGCGGAAAAUGACACGACUCUAUACGCAUCAGACUCUAAUUCUGUGUUCUCACUGCCAUUCUGCGUUGUCAAUAGAACGAGUCAAGUAUAUCUACAUCAAAUUCUGCGUCAGUUGCUCCGCCGAAACUUGGGAUACCACGCGUGGGAGAUCGCACGGUCUUGCGCUCAGUUGCCCUACUUCCCCCACUCCUUGGAGCUGCUGCUACAUGAGGUCCUGGAGGAAGAGGCGACGAGCAAGGAGCCCAUACCUGACGCCCAACUACCCAGCGUCAUCGAGUUCGUCCAAGAGUUCCCGGUCUAUCUGCAGACAGUAGUACAAUGCGCGAGAAAGACUGAAAUAGCGCUUUGGGCGUAUUUAUUCUCGGCGGCUGGCAAACCUAAGGAGCUCUUUCAGGAGUGCCUUCAAAGGAAGAUGCUCGAUACGGCCGCUUCUUAUCUCAUUAUUCUGCAGAAUCUGGAGAGUUCGGCGGUCAGCCGUCAACUGGCGACGCAGCUGUUGGACACGGCGCUGCAAGAAGAGCGGUGGGACCUCGCCAGGGACCUUGUUAGGUUUCUCAGAGCUAUAGAUCCUAAUGACGUAGAUUCGCCGCGGAACUCGGUCAAUGUGCAGGCGAAGUAUGGGCAGAUCGUGCAGUCGCAGACUGUGAGCCCUAACGCUGAAGAUCUCUCGGUUAUACUUGGUGGAAUGCAGCUGUCGGGCGGGCGCGGGCGCAGCUUCAGCACGGCCGCGCCGCCGCGCGAGCCGUCCCCCCCGCUGCCCGCGCCGCCCCCCGCCGCGCCCGCGCGCGCCACCGCCGCCGUCAAGAGGAAGAAGUCGGUUCCCGCCAGGGCUGACAGAGAAUCUCUAAGCGGCACAGCGGAAGAAUUCUUCAUAGACAUGAUGAUACAAAGACACGCCAGAGUCCUUUUAUCAAGUGCCCGUCUACUGGCCCUGGGACGACUAGCCGCAUCUCUGGACCUCCACCUAGUGGCCUGGCUAGCAGGGGAGAAAGAGAGGGCUGCUAGAGUUGAGAACGCUGUGUUAUGCUUGAAGAGACUACACGAAGACUUCAGCUGGCCGUAUCCGGCGUUACAGCCUGAUGUGGCGAGUGACAUUGUGAAGGCCGCUUCUAUUGGCCCUUACACUCCCCCGGCGGAGUCGGACAGCCUGUGCGGAGACAGCGGGUACAUGAGCCUGCCGCUGAGGACCGCGCCCAUGUCGCCCGGACCUGUCAGUUCCGUAGGCGAAUGCAGCGUAGCGGAAGGUGGAGGCGUGGCGUGGGCCACGGACGUGUCUGCCGGUGAAGAACGAAGAUACGCCGCGCUCAUGGAGAAGCUGCAUCUGCACCAGGCCGUGAGGGGCUCUCACACGGCGCAUGUGCAACUCAGGUACUUCCUUCAACUGAUGACGGAAGCCAGCUGCGUGGAAUGGGCGCUUAUCAUAGCCGUAUCGCUACGAGAUGCUUUAGCCGUACUAAGAACUACCAACGCGGCGAGAUCACAAGAUGUCAGUCUGGACGCCGUGCGCAGACUGAGACGGGCUUUGCGAGAUCUCGCCGCCUGGACCGACGCCGACUGCUUAGGGUACAAGCCGUUCAUGGUCGCGAUCAGCAACCAAAUUCCGUUCUUGACAUCAAUCAUCAACACGCGAGAGCGACGGAUCUCCAUGGUCAAGACACGAGUUCGAACCCCAAGCACCGGUUCCUUGACACAGGAGCCAAAAGCAGUACCCCCUCCCCCGCUAGAGACCAAAUUACCCCCACCUCAGAAGGCCCAAGAAGUAUCAAAGACGUCGGUAAGAAAAGACUCCCCCAGCUCCCCUCCAGACCCGAUAACAAUGAACCUACCGCCCCCCACAAUGCCCCCAAAAGACGUAUCCACCGGUUGUGCCAUUAUGUAAAUUUUACACUGGCAACACGGCCAGAAAUAAUCGAUAAGAAUUGGAUAGGAAUCGAUUAAAAAUAAAUCAAUAGAAAACAAAGGUUGUAGAAAAAUAUCGUAAAUAAAUUAUUAAGAUCUUAAUUUUUCGGUCAUGCGUGCAUCUAAAUAAAAUAUUAAUUUAGCAAAAUAUGAACGUUCAAUGAAGUAGCACUUCAAUAAUUUUAUUGUGUUAAAAAUUAUUUAUAAGUUACAAUCAUGAAUGAUUGAUUGAUUACACAUAAACUUGAUGUUAGUAGUUCUGAAUUAUAUUUUAAUGAGUUUGGUGCUGAGGUGUAUAUGAUCUAAACGUAUUAUUCGUAUUAAGAAGAUAUUACUACUUUUAGAAAAUAUUCCUCUUUCUCUAGUCUCUCACAAUGGCAUAACUCAUAACUUUAACAAUUGUAUUUGACAUUUAACAAAUGUUUAAAAAUGUUUGUUCACUUAGAUAAAACGAAUGUAAUUUUGGAAUAAUAUGCCUUGAAUAACACAUAAUUUGACGUAUAUUUAUUUUUUAUAGUUUGUCCCGAUACACAUUGAUUUGCAAUUUUAUUUUUAAAUAUAUUUAUUGAACUAAUGAAUACGUUAUGUGACAAGCUAUAAUGAAAAAUCUUAAUCCAUAAGUAAGGAUUCCAGCAUAUUUUAAGUAACCAAGCGAUAAGCAAAAGUUAGCCAAUAGAAAAGGUGACUUAAAAAAGAAAUCAUUUAAAAAAAGGGUUAAGGACGAGAUGACGAAAUUAUCACGCAAUUGGUAUUAAAACAUCGUUUACCAUACUAUAAAAAAAAAUGUGACCUUAAUAUCAAAACCAGUCCAAAAUCGCUAAACCGCGUAAGAGUCCGGUAAGGAAGGAUGUUUUAAUUCUCACGAAAGUGUAGCCUUGGGCAUAAGCUAGUUAAUAUGACUUUUAACUUAGAUAAUUAAGUUCGUCGAAAUGUUUGUACUGGCGGACUCGUCUUCCCGAUUGAUAUUAAAUUAAGUAAUAAAAGUUUUUCGAAAUAAUGGGCGUUUGUGGUUUUUUAUGAAUUAGUAUCUAGAAUAUACUAAUGUAGAGACAUAAAUAUUUUUAAACUAUUACUAAAAUAAUGAUAAGUACUUGAGAUAUGUUCACAUUGGGCAAGAUUUGUGUUUAAUUCUGAUGUAUAAGUUCAUUUUGAUUAAAAGGUCUGCUCAAAAUUACAUUUGUUUCGCUAUCGAUAUCAUAUUUACUGAUAACAUUUAUAUAUAUUAUUACCAGAUCUAUGUAAGUACAUGAAUAUAGAAUGUAACACUUAUGAAUAUAGAAUGGGCGGGCGAUGAUUUUUGAAUCUCACCAAAGAUUGUAAAGUUCUGGAACUGUGCGGUGUGACGAAACAUAAAUUAUUUUUAUCGUGUUGAUGAUUACGCUGAUAUAAUGAUUGAAUGCUCAAAGAAUGUCCGUUCCACAUCUAUUGAUAUUAUUAAUGUGUACAAUGUUAUUUUCGGGAAAGAGGCGUGAUUUUAUGUAUGUUAUUUUCCAAGUAUAGAAUACUGGUAAAAAAAAACUGGUUGGAAUUUUUAUGAAGUUCAGAUAUAUUUUGCCAUUAUAUCAUUUACUACUUUUGAUACUUGUACAACUACAUAUUUGUAAUUUUGAGAUUUAAAUUAAAAAAAAAUCUUUAUUUAAUUGCUAAAUUCAUAGACUUAAACAUCAUUUUGUGUAUUAUAUCCGCCAUCUUGGUGCCAAGUACCAGAAUAUUUAUUUAUGAUAGGAAUAAUUUAUUCUUGAUAUUAUACCAUUUAGUACAAAUAUAUUUAUUACAUGCGAGUGAUUUAUUAUUUAUAAAAAUAAAAUUGUUUAUCGAAACAGUUUCUUGAACUACAGAAUAAACUUAUGAAUAGGAAAUGUAAUAAAAAGGGGAGUUAUAUUAAAUGUUGUGAUUAUUUAUGAGUGGCUAUUAUUUUUUUGUAUAAAAAUAAGUAGACAACACAGUCCGUUUCAAGGAUGAUUUUAUUAAAUACAUAUACAUAUUUAUACAUUCCAACAUUUCCUUUUAUCUAAAAAACAUGUUUUAGCAGCACGUAAUUUUUUUGGGAUUGGUGUAGGGAAUAAAGGCAGAAUUUGAAUCUUUAUUUGUCCUUAUCAUCCAUGGAAGGUCGUAAGGGUAGCGCCCCUAAUAAGGUAAUUAAAUAGCUUUUGACUAAAAUCUAUGUAUUUGAUAGUUGUCAAAAAUUUUUUUCUGAGAAAACAAAAAUGUAAGCAUAAAAUCAACAUUCCAUUGAAAUCUUUUGGUUUGGUUUCUACUUAAUUUUUAUUUAUUGUGAAAAUCUUAGUAAUAAGAAUUUGGAUAUGAUAGUUUGAAGUGUAUUUUUUACAAUUAUAGGUUAAUUUGUGAUUGUGAAAUUAACUUAAAGUUAACCCAUUUAGAUGUGGUGAUUUGGUCAAUUAAAGUUGUUAGUGUUUUUUUAAUCAAUGUACAUAUACUUAUUGAUGUCUUUGCUAAAGAAAGACAUUGUCGACAAAAUCUGUUAAUACAUCUUAUUUGUACCUUGAAUUCCCUAAUAUGGUAAUAAGGUAGAUUCCUUAUUUUCAUUUGACAGCUAACUUCUUUAACACUGAGAAAUUCCGAUUUCUGUAAAUGACCCUGUAGUUCAACAUUUUGUAAAAUUUUAUAAUAAUUAUAGUCAAUUGAAAUUUAUGUUACGAAUAAUAAAAAUGUUUUAAAUGA